AUGGCACAGCAAACGAAGAGGAAAGCAGCAACUCCGGCGAGUACACAAUAUCGCAGAAUCGGACAGAUCCCUGGACGGGAAUGGUUGACAUGCAAAUCCGAUGCGGCCUGGAGAGAAGACACGAAAUCAGCGGGCUUUGGCUGGGUCAUCUCCAGAGGAAACAGCAGCAACAGAGAAGAGAUCCUACACCAAGGAUCGGAUACACAUCGAUUCGUCAGAUCACCACUCUCCGCCGAGGGCUUGGCAGUCAUCACGGCGCUCACACGAGCAAGGGAUCUCGGAAUCAAACACCUCGUUGUCGCCUCAAAUUCGCAGGAGCUAAUCAAGGCUAUUAAGAAGGAGUCCUCCACAAAGGAACUCCAUGGGAUUCUCCACGAUAUCCUGAAGUUAUCACUGGAUUUUGAGAAGAUCGAAUUUGUUUUCAUUCCACGGGAAAAGAACAGACAAGCCGAUGCUCUGGCAAAGCAGGCUCUGAUUGUAAUUGAACCAGUUUAA